AUGCGCUCCAAGUUCAAGGACGAGCAUCCCUUCGAGAAGCGCAAGGCAGAAGCCGAGCGUAUCCGCCAGAAGUAUGCAGACCGUAUUCCGGUUAUCUGCGAGAAGGUCGAGAAAUCAGAUAUUGCCACUAUCGACAAGAAGAAGUAUCUCGUCCCAGCAGAUCUCACUGUCGGACAGUUUGUCUAUGUAAUCCGCAAGCGCAUCAAGCUCUCCCCUGAAAAGGCCAUCUUUAUCUUCGUUGAUGAGGUCCUGCCGCCCACGGCUGCGCUCAUGAGUAGUAUUUACGAAGAACACAAGGACGAAGAUGGCUUCCUGUAUAUCACAUACUCGGGCGAGAACACUUUUGGUGACUGUUGA